CUGCAAGCAAGGUUUUGAGUAUAUUUUGGUUAUAAUGGACCACUACACUCGCUUUGCACAGGCCUACCCCACAAAAAACAAAUCCGCAAAAACAGUAGUGGAAAAACUAUUUGAUGACUUUGCCCUUCGCUUUGGCUUCCCAGAGAAAAUCCACCACGACAUGGGGAAGGAAUUUGAAAACCAGCUGAUGGCUCAACUGCAGAGGUGUUGUCACGUGCGAGGGUCCCACACAACCUGCUACCACCCACAAGGGAACGGACAGGUGGAGCGAUUUAAUCGAACGCUGCUGUCUAUGCUCCGAACACUCACAAGUGCGCAAAAGGCUGACUGGAAAAAGUCCUUAUGCAAGAUGGUGCAUGCAUAUAACUGCACUCGCAGUGAUUCCACAGGCUUUUCUCCAUAUUAUUUGCUCUAUGGACGAUCUCCACGACUGCCAAUAGAUCUCCUGUUUAACAUACAGCCAAACGAAACACAACAAAACUAUGCUGUCAAAGAUUGGCAAAGCAGGAUGCAGCAGGCUUACGAGAUCGCAACCAAAUAUGCUACCUGUGUAUCAAACAGAGGGAAAAAAGGAUAUGACAAAAGAGUUUAUGGAGCUGACCUGCAGCCUGGGGGGCGUGUGCUUGUACGCAACUUAUCAGAGAGAGGAGGCCCUGGUAAGCUCAGAUCCUUUUGGGAAGAUAAAGUACACAUCAUCACAAAGAGGAGAAGUGAUAUCAGUCCAGUGUAUGAAGUAGUACCAGAAGGAGGUGGUAAAAGUCGUGUGCUGCAUAGGAACCUCCUGCUCCCCUGUGACAGUCUCCCAAUCGACAACCCAGAAAUAAGCUCAAAAAGGACUAAAAAGACUAAGUCGAGUACAUUGUCAUGUCAUCUUUGUCCACAAGAAGAAACUUCAGACAGUGAGAGGGAUGAGGAAAUGGAGCUAGUAUGCCAGUUUCCUCCUGCUCAGCACAGUGGUCACCGAGCUGUCAGCUUAAACCCAGAUGCUGAACCAUUUACACCAGACCUACAUGAUCAAGACAAUGCACCAAAAGUGAAAGAACCGCAGGCUGCAUGGAUGGACAACAUACCAGAAGAUGGAAGCCAAGACGUGGAGCUGCACCAGGAUCCUCCUGAGCUAUCUGUGGAAACGGUUUCUGAGGAAGAAGAUGAUCCAGCUGUCUCACCGCCUACAUCGAGCUAUCCAAAGAGAGAGCGCCGCCGUCCGAGGAUGCUGACCUAUCGUGCUUUGGGUGACCCUAACUCACAUGAACAUCCACAUUGCGCAGCUCAGCCGCUUCAUCCCGACGUUGCAGAGACAGGCUUUCCGGGUUCCUGGGACAACAUCUACUGGUCCAAGGCCACCGCUGUUGGUUUGCUCAGCUACUGGACAUAGUGGCUAAAAUAGAUGGCCCCGCUAGCCAGUGUAGGAAGACUGGUCUCCUCCAACCGUCCAGCCUCAACAAUCACCAGCAGUCAGAUGACCCACACUUUGCGGAGAAGGUCAGAGGCCUGCACAGACUGCUGGAGGCGACACACAAUCUUAAAAAUGUGUCGCGGGAUGACCGUGAUCCACUGGCUAUUCAGCGGAUCACAUCUAAUCUGGCUUCUGCUAUCAAGCCUGCCCAUCCGAGCCCCUAAUACUGGGCCUACAACACCAUCACCAUUCUGCGGCAGCAUUAUGCUGAGGUGCAGAUGAGAAGCGGAUGCUCCUGGCCCGGGGCGGUGACCUCACAGCCCCUGGGCUAGAGGUUCAGCCUGGAAACCGCAGAUGAGGUCCAGAUCUACGUGGCUUCCAGGGAGUAAGGCAGCUUCUCCAUUCUCCUCCUGC